AUGGGGCUCUUACAGUUCGUGCUUCUGAGCCACGACCUAACACGGCCCGAGCCAUGCAGCCGCUCCCGCCCGCCCCGCGCCUCCGUAGCAGCCCUCGCAGCCCCUCCCUCGCCUCACCCCUUUCCGGUUCCCACCCCAGCCCCGCCUCCGGAGCCUUUUCCGUUCCCGUUUCCCUCCCCACUUCUCCCUUCCCGUUCCUGUCCCAGCUCCGCCCCAGCGCUGCCUAUCGGGAUUCGUAGUCCCGCUGCCCGGAGCCGUUCCCCGCCUGACCCAGGACCCCCUUCUAUCUGCUGUUGGCCCCCAGCUGGUGAUGGAGGCAGAUCUUCCCUGCAGCUCCGAGUCUUUGACCUCAACUGCUGGGGCAUCCGCUACCUGAGCAAGCGGCGGCAGGAGCGUGUGGAGCUCAUCGGGGACACGCUGCACCAGGAGGACUUUGAUCUGGUGCUUCUCCAGGAGGUGUGGAGUGAGCAGGACUACAACAACCUGAAGGGAAAGCUGGGAGGCUGCUACCCCUUCUGCCAUUACUUUCGCAGCGGGGUGAUUGGAAGUGGUCUCUGCAUCUUCUCCAGGUUCCCCAUCCUGGACACCCUCCUCUACCAGUACUCCCUGAAUGGGUACCCCUACAUGCUCCAGCAUGGGGACUGGUUCUGUGGCAAGUCUGUCGGCCUCGUCAUCAUUAAGAUCUCUGGGAUCCUCUUCAAUGUCUAUGUCACUCAUCUGCAUGCUGAGUACUGCCGGGAGAAGGACGCCUACCUGCCCCACCGCCUGGUGCAGGCCUGGGAGCUGGCCCAGUUCAUCCGACACACCUCAAAGGCAGCAGACGUGGUGCUGCUGGGAGGGGACUUGAACAUGCACCCUGAAGACGUGGGCAUCCGGCUGCUGCGUGGCUGGACAGGACUGCGAGAUGCCUUUGCUGAGGCCACACACUUUGAGGGCUGUGAGGAUGGCUGCACCCUCAUCCCCAAGAACUGCUUCACUGACAAGUCAGAGCUGCUGCCCUUCCCACUGGGCAUCCGCAUCGACUACAUCCUCUACAAGGCCAUCUCCAGCUUCACAGUGAAGUGCAAAGAGCUGAAGACCACCACAGGGACAGCUCCAGGCAGAGAUAUCCCCUUCUCAGACCAUGAAGCUGUGAUGGCAACGCUGCACAUCAAGAGGCAGGGACAGGCUGCAGGUGACACGCUUGGCACAGCUGAGCCAAUGAUGGCAGAUGUGGUGACAGAAGCACAGACGGAGGUGGGCGUGGGGCUGCGAGCAGCACAGCGGCAGCGCUACUCCACAGGAAGGAUGGCUGUGCUGGCCCUUCUGCUGCUGGUGGUGCAGGUAAGCCUUGCAAUGGGCACACUGGUGGGGCUGGGCCAUGAACAGCCUCUCCCCAAGCUCUCCUUCUCCCUGCUGGCCUUUGCUGCCGUGUCAUCUUCCUCCUUGCCCACCCGGCCUGCACCUCUUAUCACACCACAGAGGUGA